UUAUAGAGUCUUAAACAUGACUGUGAAUCUGUGUAGUUGAAUGUUUUCCUACAACAAUGAAUCAUCUGCUUAGAUUUAUCUUUUGACCGUGUGGACAGAGUUCUAGCCAUAGGUUCAAAACCACUGGACUAAAGUGCUGAACUUCAUAUGAAGCCCCCAGAUGCAGAAUUUAAUUUGAAUAAUAUGUUAGUCACAGCAAGACAAAGACUUUUAUGUUGCUGAUUAUUGUCCUCAAAUGAAUGCACCACUUUCAACCUAAAAUUACUCUUCCUCACACAUCCAAAUAAAUCCUGCAUGUCCUUUUAACAUUGAUAAUAGGUUACUGCUUCUUUCCUUUUCCAGAUUGGACAUUUCUCUGUCUGAUUUAAAGUCACUGGCGGCGUCACCUAGUGCACAUCACUGCUUUGAUGUGCUUUUACCUCUUCCCACUGACAGCUCAGUUGCCAAAUGCAUCAAAUGUUGUUGUUUUCAACAUUGUGGAGACAACCUUAUAAAUCACCUGACAAAUUCUUCUGAGGAGCAUUAAUGACUUUUCAGUUUGACAAAAAGCUCCUCAGACCAUCUAGCACCAACAACAUCUUAACGUUUUGUGAUGGUAAAUGUCAAUGAUACAUGAUAAAUAAUUUUGUAUUUAACAUAUGAAAGAAGUCAAGCAGAACAAUUUCAAACAAAUGUGUAAACGCACUAUAUUAUUCCAAAUCCAACUUCACAAGAAAUCAAAUGAAAUUUGAAUCCAUUUAUGUGUAAUGUGCAAUUUAUGUAUUGCUGUGCCAAAUCUUUACCUCAUUGGCUAAAGGUGGCAUUGUGGUUCCACAAACACAAGCAAGUUUUAAUCUGUUCAACAUGUAGAAAUGAAAACUGUGCAGGUGUAAAAAAAAAAUCCGUAUGAUACUCCUGAGGCACAAGAACAAACUAUUUGUGCCUUUAACUCCAACGUGUUCUAUUUGCUUCCACAGUCCUCAUUUAAUGCUUUAGAAUUGUUAGCGAUUCAACACAAAAUGACCUACAAACCUGCAGGGACAUAUUUUCACCUGCUGUGUACUUCGGACAUGAGCAAUGACACUUUGGAGCGGCCCAUCACGCAGAGACGGUGUCGGACAUAAACCAUCAGAGCUUCUGCCGGACAGCCGCUGAUUACUGCAGCAGAGUAAACAUUUGUUUGGCCUCUCUGCACAAGCAAAGAUAGGCUCUGGCUCAAUUGACAGGGGGCCCUAAAUUGUGUCUAUGACGCCUGAUCCUUCGCGUCAAAACCAUUAAGAAGAGACUGGGUGUGAUGAUAGUGUAUUGAUCCGAUUGUGAUAGAUGGCCACUGAGGAUAUAUAAAGCAAAGUUCUUGGCCGGGGCAGAGUUUGGGAGCAGAAUCCGACCAUCGAGAGAUAGCGGCACCAUGAUUCCUGUAGCUCUGUUCUACCUCGUGGCUGUGAUUUGUUCUGGUAGACGGACACAUGCGCUUCCUUUGUACCCCGAUACCAGCUUGGAGCCGCAGGCAGAUUUCAUUCAGAAAUUAGUGUCAGAGGUGCAGGAUGGACCCAACACUGCCGCGGCGGAGCAGAGAGAGGUGAAUAAUCUGUAUCCCCUCCUGAUGAAGCACAAUAGAGGGAUGGAGCCCUGGAAUACAGGAGCUAAAGAGUCGGUGCAGGAGGAUAAGUUUGCACACAUGGUGGAGGACCUCAGAGAAGCCGUCUUGAAGAUGGAAGCAGCGGACAGGCUUCGCUCUCAAGGUUUUCUUCGGUCAGAACAGAACUUGCCGAAGGCAAACAAAAGAGCGUGUUUCUGGAAGUACUGCGUCACCAACUAGAGCCCAGCAGCGGAACGACGUCUGGUGGGAUUUUGGCACGUUGGGAAACUCUCCAUCAUCGUUUUACCAUCAAACGGCAUAUCCACCGUUGUACCAGAUCAACAAAUAUAUUUUUGAGGCUGAAAAUAAACUUGAGUAUCAGAAAAGACAUUUCUGUUUGCCUUUGGUUUUGAUCUUUGAAAAGGUAUUUACUAUUUAUGUAUUUGACCUAAGGAAUGGAGUAUUAUAUUACAA